CGCCGCGGUUGCCGAGCGGCGGCCGCUCCGUCCCGUCCCGCCCGCGGCCAUGAGCGCGGCCGGGCUCGUGUCUGCGCCGCCCGCAGCCCCGCCGGGGCCGCCCGCCCCCGCCAUGGCCCCCGCGCCCGACUACUACGAGGAGGAGGAGCUGGAGAGCGCCGAGGAGGAGGACGGCGAGCGGAGCGCCCGGGCCCGCGACUCCGACGAGGACACUGAGGAUGCCAGUGAAACAGACCUGGCAAAGCACGAGGAGGAGGACUUUGUAGAAAUGAAAGAACAGAUGUAUCAGGACAAACUGGCAUCUCUGAAGAGGCAGCUACAGCAAUUGCAGGAGGGUACUCUUCAGGAAUAUCAGAAAAGGUUGAAAAAGUUGGACCAGCAGUACAAAGAAAGGAUACGAAAUGCAGAACUGUUCCUGCAGCUGGAAACAGAUCAGGUGGAGAAAAAUUACGUGAAGGAAAAGAAAGCAGCAGCAAAGGAGUUCGAAGAUAAGAAAAUUGAGCUUAAGGAAAAUCUGAUAGCAGAGUUGGAAGAGAAGAAGAAGAUGAUUGAGAAUGAAAAGCUAACCAUGGAAUUAACAGGAGAUUCCAUGGAAGUGAAGCCUAUUAUGACGAGGAAACUGAGACGGAGACCAAAUGAUCCAGUUCCUAUCCCAGACAAGAGGAGGAAACCUGCCCCUGCUCAGCUAAAUUAUUUGUUGACUGAUGAGCAAAUAAUGGAGGACCUAAGAACACUGAAUAAGCUUAAAUCACCCAAGAGACCAGCCUCCCCCUCCUCUCCUGAGCACCUCCCAGCUACACCAGCAGAGUCUCCAGCUCAGAGGUUUGAAGCUCGGAUAGAAGAUGGCAAACUCUACUAUGACAAGAGAUGGUACCACAAGAGCCAAGCUAUUUACCUGGAGUCUAAAGAGAACACGAAGAUCAGCUGUGUGAUCAGCUCUGUGGGUGCCAACGAGAUCUGGGUGAGGAAAACCAGCGACAGCACCAAGAUGAGGAUCUACCUGGGGCAGCUGCAGAGGGGCGUGUUCGUGAUCCGCCGGCGCUCGGCCACCUGAGCCUGCCCAGCCCUGCCCUGGGUUUUAUCACAUCACCAAACCUCUGCCAGGGGCUCACAGGCUGCUCACUCCUCCCAGCAGCAGGCAACAGUCCUGACCUCUGACGAGACACUUUGUGGCUGGCCACAUAAUCCCCAGUAGUCCUUAAACCUUUAGUGAUGCCCAAGCACUGCCCUGGACUAUUUCUGGAUUUUUGCAUCAAGCUUCUGUACGCUCUCUUUGUAUUUUGGGUGACUGUUUGAGACGACUUUGCAUCAUCCUCCUUUUCGUUGUUGUUUUGUGGUGCACAGACGGGACUCGUGUGUCAAAAACGUCAUCAUCAUGUUUCUGUUGGGAGUCAGACCAGUGGAAGAGGCUUUGCUUGUCAAGACCUGAGGUUCUUUGUGCUUUCUGGCCUUGUUUUUCCUGCAAGGCUCAGGGUUUUGGGCAGAAGAUGAAUCCUGCCAGGUUUCAGCUGCAGCUGAGAGAUGCCUCCAGAAUACCUGGUGCACAACACCAGCUUUAUUGGAUGGACUGUUGAAAGACUGGAGACUUUUUUAGGAUGGUGUGAACAGCUCAGAAACUGCUGAAAAUACAGUGAUUUUAAUGUAGCUCAGAGUCACGUGUGGUUAGUCAGAAGCUUCCAUUUCUCUUCACAUUAAAAAACCCUUCAAUGAACAA